AUGCGAGAUGUGCUCAACAAUCCGACAACGAUUUGCGCCAGAGUGCCGGUUGGUUUCCAUCUCUCCACUAAUCAUCAAGUGCCUGAAAACUUGCGUCAAUCAAUGGGCGGACGGACAUUCGCUCGCUCACUUGUGCUCAUCUCGGAUUGGAUUCGAUCGAUUCCAGAAUUCUGGCAGCUAAAUGAAGUGGAUCGGGUGAAUCUCUGUUGUCAGCAAUAUCUCCGUCAAAUCAUCUUCAUCGAUUUCUACUACACUUACAAGUACAACUAUGACGGUUUCCUUGUUCUUCUUGGCACACGAGUCUCCAAACAUGAUCUACUAUUAUAUAAAGAUUUGGCGAACUCGAUGGGUUUUUUGAUCGAAUUCGGGCUUUCCACGAUCAUUCCCUCAAUGAAACGAGCCAAUAUUUGUGAUGAGGAAUUCGUUUUGCUCAGGAAUAUCAUUUUGUUCUCAUCAACAAUCGGCUUCACCGAUCAAAGCGCCACGGUGAUGCGAAAAGCUUUCUCUAAAUACUGUAGUAUGCUGUUUGAAUAUCAAAAGUCGAAGUUUGUUGACGAGACGAUAGUGAUCGAGAAGUUCACUGAAGCGAUGGCACAUCCAAGUUAUUUGCAGGGUAUUAGCCAGAAACUCUACGCUCAAUUCGGGAAAGCCAUUCUCUGUAAAGAAGCCGGUCUCUUCGGGAAACUCGCUGAAGAAGUUUUUCGCAAAUCU